AGGCCCUGUUGCGGUGUUACGUGGUAAAAGAAUGACGACCAGCAGUCAACAAAAGGCUACAAGUCAUCGACCAGUAAACAAGAGAUUUUUCUCUUCUAGACAGGAAAAUUUCAUCAUUGCUUUUGCGUUUAUAAAUUUUCUUUAUAUAAUUCGCAAUGGGAGUGUUCCUUCUAUGUUUAGCUGUUUUGCUUUUCUCGCCUGGUUUGGCCCACUUAAAUGAAGGAAAAAAAGGAAAUGCGUUAGAAAUCAGUUUAACCAACGCAAGCUCAGUGAUUGAUAAAAAGGACACAGUCAAGCAAUUGGUUCCGGAUCAUCGGGUAGAAUCCUCUGAAAUCAUAACUGAAAAAAUUUCAAGUUUAAUUGCUGCAAACAAGCAGGACGGGAAAAAAAAGAGUCCAAAUAAACGACACAAGAAUCGCGUCAACCAGCUGAAUCAGAAAGGCAAGAGGCCCAGUAAGCGUAACCGUCGUCCUCCAAAUGAAAAGAAAGUAUACCAGAAGAAGGCUAAACAACCCGGCAUCCGCGCGGUUCGGUAUUUGGCCCGAUCAUCCCAUACCGAUCAAUUAAAUAAAGCUGUGGAUGACAUGCUUGAAUGCAUGUCACAAACAUUAGCUACACAUAAUUCUACAUUUUCUGUAAGAUUAAAUACCUUCCGUACGAAUAUGAAAAUAUCUCCUUGGGCGUUUGUUGCACUGAAUAAAACGAACACGAUCAAAAUGGAAGAAAAAGUGAUAGAUGGGAAAACCCGUCGAGCAAGAGCUGCCGACAAUUUCAAGAAUGAAGCUGCCGAAGUAGAUACCGAAAGUUAUGAAGACGACGAUGAUGCAAUAAAUCCGGAAGAGGAAACGACACUUAGCCCCGUAACUGAAAAUUCUAAUGAUAUUGAGGAAUCAUCAACCGUUCCAGAAGAAAUUAUGGCGACUGAAGAGGAUGAUGUUGACGACAGUGCGGAGACGGUCACGUAUGAUUCCGUUAACAUCACGCAAUCCAAAAAGGAUAAUGCUACGGGAUAUCAUCGAACCCAAAAACCAUUCCCGGUUGUGCUGCCAGACGGAACGGUGGAAUACAGUCUACAGCUGCUCAGUGAAAAUGAAACUGAGAAUAGGAAAGUGGAAUUUGCUGAGGAAGAGUCAUCACAACAGCGGGAGGAUUCAGGUCGCCAAGCUAAGGAAUUGAAUGGUAAACGUGACCAAAGUUCAUCCCGAAGUUAUCCGCGCAGGCCAAGUGCUACGGUUGAAGGAAUAGGAUUUAUUCAAAGAAACGGCGACGUCUUGGUCGGAAUGAGACAAAAUUCUAGCUCGCAUAUUAUAGACACACAAUUACUAAUCGGCCCACUGCAGUAUGUAAUGGAUAAAAAAUCCGGAUUCCUUCUUCAACAGUCUCGUGUAUCAACGCCUCAACUUACCGCUAAGCUACGUUUGACGGAAGUUGAUGGCAAAUUGGUAGCAGUGCGAUUCAAACCCACAAAAAUUCGUCCUAAUGAAGCAUUAGUUACUCUUCGAUUAAGUGAAAAUGGGAAGGUACCGUCAAAUUUAGAGACGGCCCGUCUUGUGUCUUAUCUGAGUCGGGAAAUGACGAGAAUUUGGAACUCUGGAUAUCUACUGCGUCGCGUCAAACGCCAGUUUAAGCAGUUAUUUAUAGACGAAACAACUAACAAGAAAAGAGAUUCCAAGCUCGAUGACGCUCGGAAGAUUGUUCAAAUAUUGGCCUCAACGAUUGAACCUCUGUCACCUGAUGCAGAAGAAGAUAACAAAGAACUGCCGAAAGCAUAAAUACUUCUAUGCUGAAUAUUUUUAAAUAAUAAUAAUUCUAUACGCUUUAAUCCUAAUAGCUUUGCCUGGUAUACCAAAAUUACGUUUUACAACUAUUAAAUUUACAAUACAGAAUACAAUGAGUUCUAUAACGA